AUGGCUAGGAGCAAGAGAAAAGCAUCAUACCGCCGCCUCAUUCUUGACAACACCGAGGACAUCGACGAUUUUGAAUCCAUGGAAAAAGAGACCACGACACCACUUGCAACCAAAAAUACCGCCGGUUGUUCCAAAGCCGAGAGUGUUCUUGGGCUCCCCAUAUCCAAAGGUAAGCUCACUAAUGAAGAUAAUGUUGUUGAUGAUCUUGUGAACAUGGGAUUUGAUGUUGAGAUGUUGGAGGGAGUAGAGGGGAGCAACUCAAAACAAGAUAGCACCAAGGAGGAGAACAAAGAGGAAAACCCUUGCCCGAUGGAGAUUGCUAGCUCCUCAAACACCGGGCCAACCAAUCCCGGAGGAGACAAACCGGAGGUGACCCCGGAUGAUGAU